AUUCGAGUUUUUUUUUAGGUUAGAAUACAAUUUUUCUUCCAUGUGAUUAAAAACGAGCACGAAUUAUAUCCAUUAAAAAUAAUAAUUAUAAUAAAUAAACGUAAUUGAAAGAGAUAAGCUUAAGAUUAUAAUAACGUGAUUGAUUAAAAAUAAUCGUUGUAAUUAUCGUACAAGUUAACCUCUUUCGUGGUAAUCGAUAUCGAGAUAAAAUAUCGAUUGUUGGAGGACCUACAGCAGACUGACAUUACAUACACAUAAUUAAUACGUAUAUGUGAAGUGAAUAUAACAUUGUAUGUGUUAUGUAUACCAUGCGCCAUUCAAAGGAUUGCGCAAAACUCUUACUUACACUAUGAUAUUAGAAUUAAUAAACAAUGAGAUUCUAAUUACUUCGCGUCAAUAGCUUUAGGCGACCAUAAUACAAAGUCAAGGCAAAGAGGUGUGAUCAUUAAUUGUAAUCACAAACAUGUUUACUUUAUCCAAUAUAUGUUUUAAUCAAAUAAUUACGAAUGCAAGAAAAUGUUUUAUCUAUAAUAAAUAUAAACGAGGUUGCAAAACUUAUGUGCAAGGUCAAUCACCGGAACGACGUAUAAGGGAAUAUUUUUAUUAUAUAGAUCAUCAAGGCAUGCUGUUUUUGGAUGAUGUACGUAUUAAAAAUUUUACAUCCUGUUUCAAAGACAAAAAGUUUUUGGAAUUUUUCUUCAAACGACUCAAAAUAAAUAAUACUGGACGGUACACGCAAGAAUUCCCAUACAUCUCCCUUUGCGGUUUAGAAAGGAACUUUGUUAAGUGCGAUGAUCUUCCCAUAGUAUUCACGAAAAUCAUUGAAAAAACAAAUGUAGAAGUCGGUGAAAAGGAGGAUUGGUUCGGUUAUUCGUAUGCCGAAAAAUUACUUCAGGUACCAUUCGAACCACAAAAAUUAUUAAUGGACCCUAACUCAGGUAGAGUGUAUCAUCCUGCGCCUGAAAAAGUAGGAGGUAUUGGCCUAGUAAGAUCUCAAAUUGCUAUUGAGCUGAGUAUUCAUUUUUGUUUUGACAAUGGGGAAGAUCAAGGUCCAACUCAUUUUCAAUGGAAAGAUAAAAAAUAUUCGAUCGAUAAUGAAUGGUAUAAAAACAGUAUAAAAUAUAAAGAUAAAUAGAUAAGGAUUAUUAUUCUCCUAAUAUGUAUAUUUCUAUGUUUGUAAUUGUAUUUAAGAACAUAACAAAUUUUUUAAAUACCUAGAUAUCAGAUUACAUUAAAAUAAAUUUGAGAUAUCAAAUAUUCUCGCAGUGAAA